UUUUUGGGCUGAUUGCCAAAAAAGUUGAGAAGAAAAAAACUGAAUACGAGUAACGAAACUGAGCUCCACAUACUCACUUAACUUCUAUCCAUGGCCACACUUUCCUGCUACUCUCUGCAUCCUCUUGCUUCUGCUUCUUCUUCUUCAACAACGUCUCUCACUGCCAAUCACUCUCUUCCAUAUCAACCCCAAACAAAACCUGAAAUCCCUUUACUGUUCCGCUGCUCUGCCACAAGUGCCGCUAGGCCUGAAGUCAUAAUUCAACCCACAAGGCUCUUUGUCCAGCCCAUUCUACUAUUUGCUGGCUUUGACAAACCCUUGGAUACCCAAACUUUUCUUGCUACUAUAAGUGUCUUGGCUGCCAUUGCUCUCUCUCUCUUUCUUGGUCUUAAGGGUGACCCUGUGCCUUGUGAGAGAUGUGCUGGCAAUGGUGGUACAAAAUGUGUCUUCUGUAGCAAUGGUAAAAUGAAGAUGGAGACAGGCUUGAUUGAUUGCAAGGUGUGCAAGGGUGCAGGAUUGGUACUCUGCAAGAAGUGUGCAGGUUCUGGAUAUUCUCGACGGCUAUGAACUGUGUUUUUAGAAUAUUAAUUUGCUCUCUCUAUUUUCAAUCUGAAUGAAUUUUCCCUAGCUUUAAUUCUUUUUUGGUCCAGAUGCAUCCUUCUUUUUCCCUUGAAGUGUAGCCCCAUUCUCUAAUGUUCAUGUGCUUAUUCAAAAACUGUGAAGGAUGAAAAAUUGUAAAUUCUAAUUUACAUUUUGUUUCCAUGUAUAUAUUUUCAUUUCUUAUUAGAAUAUAUAUAUUUUCUGCA